CCUCCUCCCUGUACCCCUCGGCCAUCCUAAAGUUAGGGAUUCACCAUUUCGAAGGGGGAGAAAGCGACAUCGACCCCGCCCUUGAAACGAGAACCUGCCACCUUCAUUUUCGAACGCAAACCUUAUUCGAAGUUUUUAGAUCGUCCCGAGUCGGCCACCCUCUCUCGUUCCAUAAUUUACUACCUAGGAGUGGUAGAAAAGAAAGGAAGUAGAGAAAAAUAAAUUUCUUAAUUUCUAAAUGAUAUUUAUUGAAAAUGGAAGAAUUGCAGUCGGAAGUACGAUACGAGUCGAAUUCGAUUAACGAUUCUCUCUCAGCCGCGAUCGAACGAUCGAUCGAGCUAGGAGUAAAAUCAGGCAAACUCGAAUGUGGAAAUUUUUGGCCUUCGUCUGUCAUGGCCGCGAGUCUCCGCGGUUACGUUUGGACAGGGUUUGAUAAUAACGAGAGCGAAGAGGAUUCGAGGGAGGAAGAUUUGAGAGGAAUUUUUCGGCGACGAGGAGGAGCAAGUAGAGGAAGACCAGCACGAAAUCCAUUGCUAAUCCUCCGGCCGUUGCUUUCGUCGUUACCAGGUCGACGACUCGGUUCAAGGCCACGAGCCGAUGGACAAUUACGUCAGGAUGACGCUCAGGAAGCUAUCGUUGCUCAAUCGAAUAUUACGAGACGUCGUUUUCGUACUGCCGCUGUUCUUGCACUGAAACAGUGCAAGAGAAAACAGGCCGCCAGAGUGAGGAAGUGCGUUUGUCUCCCCUCCAAUUACGCCCUGGUCGAGUUCCCAAUUGUCUGGUCGGAACUUAGAGCGAAUCGACAGCUUUGCGACGGUGCCAUCAGAUGUGCCAAGGACGAGUUUUUUCCUGUUCAUCGAGCCAUACUUUCCGCGGUUAGUCCUUACUUCAAAGCCCUCUUCACCAAUAGUCUCAAGGGUGGAAAGAGCGAGACUACCGAGGUAGUUAUCGACUCGGUACCCAGUGAAAUCUUCGCUCUGAUCCUCGAUUAUGCUUAUACCGGCACCUGCAACGUUAACGCGGACAACGUAGAGCAGCUCUUACCUUUGGCAGAUCAGUUCGAGGUCCUUGGUGUUGUCCAGCUCUGUUGUCAAUUUCUCUUGCAAGAACUCAAGCCGGACAAUUGUUUAGGAAUCUUCAAAUUUGCACGUCACUAUUUCUGCCGGGAUCUCGAAGAGAAAGGCCGAAGAUACAUUCGUCAUCACUUCAAACAAAUACUUUAUGAGAGUUCAGAGUUCAAGGAAUUGCAGUCGGAGGAAUUGGAGUCAAUAUUAGAGGAUGACGAACUCAAUGUGAAAAACGAGGAGAUAGUAUUCGAGGCCGUUAAAACCUGGGUCGAGUAUAAAGUAGAGGAAAGGAAGAUUCACGUGGCAAAGUUGUUGGAAUGUAUCCGUUAUGGAUCAAUGAGUUACAAUUAUUUCGCUGAUAAUGUCCUCAAUUGGAAACUCAUUCGGGAAGACGAAACCUGUCAACGAACAUUGCAGUCGGCAAAAGCUUACCUAACCGAACAAGACAACAAACAGAACGGAGAAAUCGACAUGAAGAACCCAUUGUCGAGACCACGAGUACCCUACGAAAUCCUUUUUGCGAUUGGUGGGUGGAGUGCCGGUUCACCGACUAGUUUCGUCGAAACUUACGACACGAGAGCUGACAGAUGGUUUCUAUCAGUAAGCACGGAUCUGACGCCACGAGCUUAUCACGGGAUCUGCGCUCUCAACGAUCUCAUCUAUAUGAUCGGAGGAUUUGAUGGGAACGAACACUUUAAUACCGUCCGAUGUUUCGAUCCAGUGACGAAGGAAUGGCGUGAACGAGCUUGCAUGUACCAUGCUAGGUGUUACGUUAGCGUUUGCACACACGGUGGCAAGAUAUACGCAUUAGGAGGGUACAAUGGAAGAACCAGAAUGAACUCGGCCGAACGAUACGAGCCACAGAAAAAUCAAUGGGAGAUGAUUCCGCCGAUGAAUCGACAACGCUCGGAUGCCAGUGCGGCUGCACUCCGCAAUAAGAUUUAUAUCGUCGGUGGUUUCAAUGGUCAGGAAAUCCUCGACUCCGCCGAGGUCUACGAUCUCGAAAGCAAUCAGUGGAGUUACAUUCGAUCCAUGAUCAGUCCUAGAUCCGGUGUCUCGUUGGUUGCUUUUCGAGAUAGUCUUUACGCUCUGGGCGGCUUCAACGGCUUCAUUAGGCUAAGUUCCGGAGAACGUUACAGUCCUAACAACUCCGAGGAUUGGCAGGAAGUCACCGAAAUGUUCAGUCCGCGAAGUAACUUUGCUACCGUGAUCCUCGACGAUAUGAUCUUUGUCGUUGGAGGUUUCAAUGGUACGACCACUAUUGCCUACGUUGAGUGCUACGAUGCGGAUAGCAACGAGUGGUACGACGCGUCGCCGAUGAAUCUCAAUCGAAGUGCACUCAGUGCCUGCGUGAUAUCGGGUCUCUCAAACGCACGAGAGUAUUCCUACCUCAGCAAAGUGCGAGAUCUCGGUCAAGGACAAGCGACUUCGAAUGGUCGUGGAAAACCGGAUCAAGCUGGAGAAGGUCCUGCCGAGACGAACGUUGCUAUGAUCAUAGACGAAGCGGUCGGUAUGGAUGCUGCUGGACCUAUUGACGGUAUGGCCGAGGGUGCUGUUGCAAAUUUUCAUGAGGAAGACGACGAGGCGCCAGAGGACUUUCGUAACGUCGAAUAGCACGGAACGCUAUCCUUUCUAAUUAUUUAUAAUUAUUUCAAGAAAUUAAAAAAACGCACGCGCAUACCUCUCCACACACGCACACACACGAACACACGUGCACACGCACGUACCCACCUACACACACACACGCGCGCACGCACGCACGCACGCACGCACGCACACAAUCAUAUCGUUAAUAGGAAACAAAGCAACAUUUCUACAAAUGAGUCAAAAUCGAAUAACUUUACAAAUUUUUAUCCAUCAAUCGAUUUAACAAUUUAUCGUUUUAGCCAAUUUUUUACGCGAUAUUGAUGUUUUUUUAUUUUUUUCUUUUUUCUUUUUUUUUUUAACGUUUGUAAAAUUUACAAGAAACACGUUAGUUUCAUGCGUGUAUAUACGAUUUUAAUUUCUCUGAUUAUCACGCGUGUCGAUGAUUUUUAUCUAUAGUGUUUCAAACACAUUUAUUUCGAAGAUAUAAAAAACGAAAUGGUGAAAAUUAUUUCGAAUUUUUAUUCUCGCACGCGUAUCUUCCGAUUCUGUUCGUUAUCGUGAUUGUUAUGUAAUCAGAGAGAGAUUUAACUCUAUUAAUAAAACUAUAUAAAUGUGUCUUUCUUCCUUUUUUUUCUUUUUUUCCUUUUUUUUUAUAUAAAAGUAUAGAGUAAGUUGAAAAUAAAAAUCAGGUUGUUGGGAUGCGGUCGCUCCCCUUCAUUAAUAAAUCGAGAUUUUAUAUUAAUCUAUCUCUUUAUGUAUAGAUUUAUUUCAUUUUUUCUCAUAUGUACUCAUAUAUUAUGUAUAGUGUAUACAUUGUUACUUCUUCA